AUGGAAAAUGAUAGCUUGCUCAAACGAAUUUGCAAUAUUGAUCAAAGGACCCUUUCCGAAGCUUAUCAAAAGUUUUGUUUUUCAGAUAAAUAUGCUCCAGAUAUAUCUUAUAUUGAGUUUUCAGCACUAAGGCUUCUUAUAAGUGCAAAUAAAUCUGAAAAGAAAUUCUCAGUACCGCCUUUCCAAAAUCCUAUCUUUUUAAAAAGCUCAGUAAAAAUUCAAGAACCUCCUAAAAUUCAUUCAUUAGCUGAAGAAUGCUGAGGCUCUAUUUAG